AUGUCAGAUUGUAAGGUAACACUUGAUUCAAAACUAACCGUUGUUUCAAGUAGACCUGUGAAAUCGGGUAUGAGCCAUAAGUUGCUGGGAGUGGACCAUGGCAUGGGUUAUCAUACACUGCAUUUGAUAUUUUACUACAAGAAUGAAGAAAAGUGGUUUGAGUCAUUUGGAUUGGAUCCAUUGAGGGAAUCAUUGUCUGAGGUUUUGUCUUUAUACCCGACAGUAACAGGUCGGUUGGGCCGGGAGACGGAAGACGGUGGUGAUUGGGAGGUUAGGUGUAACGAUGCCGGUGUUCGGGUCAUAAAGGCUAAUGUGGAUAGUACUAUUGAAGAAUGGCUAUCAUCGUCUAAGGGUGGCUCCGAUGAAGUGCAGCUUAUCGCUUGGGAUGAUAUGCCUCUUGAUACAAGUACAUGGUCUCCUUUCCGAAUUCAGACAAAUAGCUUCAAGGAAGGUGGAAUUGCAAUUGGAGUUAGUUGCACUCACAUGAUAGCUGAUCUAACAUUAUUAUGGAUUUGGCUUUGGUGCUUUGCCGCUGGAGAAGCUGCUGGUGCCAUAAUCCUAGAUGUUAUUAAACACCUCCUUUCUGAACUUUUACAUAUCAGCAUUGUACUGCAUUGUAUUGUACUCUGA